AUGUGUUCCGUCUAUAUCUUCCUCUACGACUGCGGCUGCUCCGUUCAAGAGGGCGGCGUUGUUGCCUGCGCGAAGAAGGGCACCCCUUCCUGUCACGGUGUGAAAGAGCACUUCCGCAAGCGUCAGGGCUACAACUGCCCAAAGCACGGUGGAAAUGAUUUGACCGCACGGGUCUCUAACUUGGAGGAUCACGUCGACGAAUUCCAAGACGAGCACUCUCACGUGUAA